UUUACAGUGACUUCCAUUACCCCCAGCUGGGAUUCCUGCGCCUCUGCUGAAAAGCGACACUCCCCCGCCCCGUUUUUUCGCCUUCUCUUUCUGAGGUGGAGCCUGAUACCCCGACUUUACCGACCGCUGGCGAAGGAGACGGCGGAGAGAGAACCGGGACCGUCAAACGUCGGUGGCUCUGGGACGCGGCAGAUCGGGGAGUAGACCUCAUAAAGACGGCUUCAGGGAAGGAAUCUGGAGGGUUGAGCGUGUAAAGCGAACGAACCGAGAGUGAAGGGCAUAUCCACACGAAGAGAUGAAUUAUUUUAUACUCCUGACAGUUUUGGCCACGGUUGUUACCGGGAAGUCACCUCGGCUGAAAUUUACUGUGCACGAGCAUUUCAGGUUCCACUUCACCAGACCUGAGAACUACAUCAGCAUGUACCACCAGGAAGGAAGUGACACGCUCUACGUCGGCGGCAGAGCAAUGAUCUACGUGUUGACGUUCACCGACAGAGGGGUCCGUGACAUGCAGAUCCCAGCGGCAUCGGAUCAGACUGCAAUUGAUACCUGCAAGGCGAAAGCUUCCCCGGAGGAGAUGGAGUGCGACAAUUUCAUCACCGUCCUUCAGAAAGUUAAUGACACAUUCAUAGUGUGUGGGACAAAUGCUGGAAGCCCCAGAUGCUGGAUGCUGGUAAACGACACGGUGCUGACAGACGUCCAGGGUGGUGGGCAGAUAGCAUCAGCCUCUGACAUCUCACCUCCCUACCCUUCGCAGAAGUCAAUCAACUUGCCCGCAGAUGGGAGCCUGUACUCUGCUAUGUCGUCAGUGGGAGGUCAUGCUGGCUCCAUCCGUCGAACAUUUGGCACCCAGAGACUCCUGAAGACGGAGAACGUUUGGCUGCUGAGUCCUCAGUUUGCUGGAGCUGCUAUAAUCCCCGCCUCGGAGAAGUUCAGGGAGGAAAUCUAUUUCUUCUUCACCGAGUUCAACAAGACAGCCCGAGUGGACGAGGAGCCCUACAGAGCCCGCAUCGGCCGGAUCUGCACGGUGGAUGAAGGGGGCAUCAAAGCCCUGCUGCCAGACUCUUGGACCACCUUCAUGAAGGCCCGGGUGAUGUGCGGCGCAGGAAACACUCAGCAGCAGUACAACAACAUGAAGCAGGCGGUGGUCCUGACGGCUCAGGACAAGAGGGCCGGGGUCAUGUACGGCCUCUUUUCCAACGCAUGGGGAAGAACGGUGAUCUGUGCCUAUUCCAUCGAAGAUAUUGACCGAGCUUUCUCCACCUCAAAGCUGAAAGGCUACAGCAGCUCAUUCGGUAGCAAUCGUCCAGGGAUGUGUGCACGCAGAAGCAACUCACCAGCAGACACUCAGAACAACAUCAAAAAUCUGGGCGUGAUCAGAUACCACCCAGAAAUUGAGGACGUGAUUCGGCCGGUGGGUGUGAACCCACUCGACCUCCCCACAGAUGAUCAAAUCACUCACGCAGUCGCAGAUAUUGUGCUGGCCGUCAACGAUGAGCAUUACACCGUCCUAUACCUCGGAACAGAUCAGGGCAAAGUUCUCAAGGUCCUUCACACCAUCCAGGACGUCUUCAUCAUAUCGCAGUACUCCCUGUUCCACAACGAAGGGCCUGUCCUAAAUAUGGCCAUCAACUCACAGAAGGGUCACUUGUAUGUUGGCACAGCCAUGGAGGUCCAGCGACUGGCGCUGGCUGACUGCAGCCGCUACGGCAACACGUGCAGAGAGUGCAUCCUUUCCAGGGAUCCGUACUGUGGCUGGGACAAGGCCAGGAGGAGGUGCAUCGCCAUCCCGCCUGGAUACAACGUCACGACUGGCACUCUUAUUCAGAAUCUCGACAGUUCCAACUCCUCCGUUUGCGAGGAAGCUGCUGCACUUAAGCUGCGUCGAACGUCUCCCAGAGAGAUUGUGGUGAAGGGAAGAAAUACCACCGUGUUCCUGCCCUGCCCGGUGCACUCCUUCCACGCCACCUACCGCUGGGAGAAGGACAACUGCAUCAGGAACUAUCCGUGCCUGUUCUCCGGAGACUUCUGCGUCCUGGGGCCCGUUGUUGACACUCCCCUGAAGGAAGGUGUCUUCCGCUGCAUGGCCACUGAGGACGGAUUCAAGGUGGAAGUUGUUUCCUUCAGGCUGGUGAACGAUGGCAGGCUUAUAUCUGCCUCCCUCGCCUCCACACUGGGCCUCUCAGCCCUCUUUGCUGUGGUGACCUUAUGGCUUCAUUAACUAUAGCUAACACCGAUGCUAUCUUCUCUUUUGUAGUGGCUCCCACUGACAGGAUAAACAAGGAGCUAUUGCGGAAGUUAGGUUCACAAUGCAUUUGGCACCGAUGGUUGGGUUGUGCACUGGCAACUGACUUUUUUUUUAUUUAGUUAUUUGUUUUUAACAAGAAAAUAUCAAUACAUAAAGGUUUAAACACAUCUAAAGCUGCAACUUAUUACAUGAAAUGAGAACUGUAGAAUACAGAGGAUAACAUUUUAACUUAGCUGACUAACAGCUUGAUUCAACCGUGGUGCGAUGCUUUGCGAACCUUUCUUCUCUGACAAAAAAAAAACAAAAACAUGAACGAAUCCAGUGAGUUGGGCAAAAAACAAAACAAACACCAAUCAAUACCAGGCCAAUUCUUUUAAACUUUUCUCUACAUAUUUUGAAAAUACCUUGAUUGUGCUUAUUUGUGGAUAUGUAAACCUUUAAUAACGCUCUUACAUCAUUUAAUCCAUAUCAUUAUCGUCAUGGCUGGUUGGAACCUAAACAGUGUCUGGUAUUGAGAGUUAAAAAGCCUUAACACUUUUGGGACAUGGACUCCUAAGCACAAUUUUGCAGUCGAGGCAGAAAACUGCAGACUCAGUUGGACUUGGGGAAUUGAUGAGUGCGGCUGAGACUAACAACGUGUCGGGGGAGGAAGUGACAGCGUUUAGAUGGGAAGUAGGCGGACGGGCCUCGAACAUCGCUGCGUCUCAGCACUUCCUCCUCAGACCGGGCAGUUUCUGGCAUUUUUACAGCCGAUGGUUUCAGACAACAUAACUUAGCCUUGUUCACAGGUUCGUCCAUUGUUCUUUUCCUUUCAACAUGCCAUCAUCUCUCCUCUUUCCUGUCCGCAAAACCUGCGAUCUUCGAUUAAACACUAUUAUAAUUUAGUUAUGUCCAGAAAUGGUAAUGUUUUUAAAUAAUUGAUGGCAUGUCAUUACUAAAAAUUAUUAAUGUAUGUAAAAUUUGGGGGAAUUAGAAGCUCCAGGUCAAAGAGGAGCUUUUGCGUCACAUGAAACAUUUUUUUUUUCUAUCAGACCAGUGGCGGUUUUUGAUAUGGGUGAUAUUGCUCCCUGUACAGGGUCAAUUUUUGUCAUAAGGAAAGGCGUUUCGGUUGCAACCCAGUGGAAGUUUUCUAUUGCUUGUCUGCAUGUCUAUGGGAGAUUCUGUGCCCUACUGUGUUUGCAUAGUUUAAGCACUGUAAGUAAAUAUGGCCGUGCACCACAGCUGGUUGAUUACGCUAACGUUCGGCGCCGAACUAAAGGGCUAUAUCAAUGUUUUUCUAAACAUCCAAAAAAAAAAAAAAACGUUUUCAUCUCUAGUUCAAAUGUAAAAUACCUAGACUGCUCAAAACUGAUUUGGAUGAACUAAACAGAGAUUAUUAAACACGAUCUGACAUUUAUAAAACCUGUGUUGUAUUUGUGAAAACACAAAAAGAGCAUUGUUUUUGUUUUUUGUUUUUUUUUGCUGGCAUCGGGACAACCUUAGAUUAAGACAGGUCUGAGGAUAUUUAAACAGACCUGGUCAAACUUACUCUAAAUUAAGCACAGAGUCUAGAAAACACAGAUUUGAUUGGUGAAAACUACAUUUUUCAAGCAAGACAGUAUGCCAGAAAAGAGGUUUCUUAGUUUUCUCAAAAAUCUGUUUUUGUCUCAUGUGACAUUUAUGCAAAAACCGCCACUGUACCAGACAAUGCCUAAAGAUGUGAACAAGACGUUAUGCUACAGCCAUUUCAGUAAAGACAAACUCACACAGACAUAGGGACAGAUGAAACUUAGUGAAAAGUAUCACUGAUGCAUUUUAGAGUUUCCAGGAGAAGAGGAAAAAGGCUUAUAGGCUGACUAAGUGUUUUUGGAAGUUAUUUUUCUCUGCAGAUGCUGAUUUUUACCAUUGCUGCCUACGUAUAUAAGCAUUUGUGUUGAUUAUUUAUUUCACGCCAUAGUUUGAACGUGAUUUCCAACCACUGCUGUAUUUUUAUAUUAUUCUCUGACACAAAAGGCUUCAGUAAUUCAAAGCAGAUCCUGCACUGGUCUUGUAAUUUCAGACCUUUGAAUCUGUCCGUUGGAAUAAGCCGAGUGUUAAGAGUUCCUUAGUUGUGCUUACCAGGCCGUCACGGAUGGACAGCAGCGUUUUCUACCCGAAGUAAGAGGCAAGGUUUAAAUCAAAACAUAAAUUAAUUUUACUGUUUUCGACCCUGGACAAAAAUGGUUGAGGAGAUAGAUUAGACUUUAUAGCUUUAUGUCAAAAGAUUUAUAAUUAAUCAUAAGCCCUAAAAUAUCAAACACUGUGCCAAACCCUUAGACAUACUGAUCAGCUGACUAAAGAAGUAGGAUUUCCGGUGAUGCAUUGGAUUAACGAGUCCUCCAGCGAUGGAGGGUUAUCAUUCACCAAAGGUACACGGACCUGACUGAGAUCAGCCUUCCACAGUGGUAGAAAUGUCAUUAAUAGUUAAUCAGGCAACAGCACCAGCCUGUCAUGUUUCCUAUUAAAGAAUUUAUUCUAGGCCGUUAGGGACGCAGGCAGCAAUCUUCUUCUCCACUGUGAAAAUGUGUGUGAGUGACACAGCAUUGUGUUCCUCACUUAGUUAAGUACUUUCUGCUGUCCCUAGAUGUGAGCCACUGACUGUGCCAUUAAAGGAAUAAAAAAGGGACAACAAGGCUCUUUUUAAAGACUCUGUGUUUAAACGCUCGGUGCUUACCGCCUCAUUUGAUGUUCAUUUGAAAUAACAUUUUGUGUCAGAUAAAACCUGAGUACUAGUAGAACACGGGUCUUCCUCGCAGCCACACUCACAAGCAACCACUUCAGGUUCACUGUAAAUCCUGCGUGUGUUUUUUCUGUCAGCACGUUGGUUGGUUAACUCCAGCCUUCAGCCGAGUGCUACUCAACACUUAACUGAGGCCGUUUUACUCCAGUCUGCCACAGAGGUUUGGCAGAAAACAAACAAAAAUCAUAGUUGUGCUCGAGGCAAAGAACGUCUUUAUGCUGCAACUGUAUCUGCUGAUUGCUGUAUGCGUUUAUGUGAUUAGAUUAGAAAUGCCCUUAUCACAAGACACAAGGAGCAGAGUGGUGUAUGAUGCCCGUCCAAUUUGGUGAUUGAGCCUGAUGCUGUGGACUUUUCUCCACCCCUAAACUGAUUAUUAACAAAGAAAAUCAGAGAAACCAUAGCCUAUCUGAGACAGUUGUACUGAAAGUAACAUUUUCCUCUGUCUUACCAUGUAAAUUUAGCUACAAUGAAAGCCAAAAAACUAACUAACUACAUAGUAACUAUGUGGUUGAGAAGUGGUUUGUGUUUUCAUGUUGGAUAACCAAGCCAGAAUUUUAAAUUUUGGCAGGACACUUGAGUUAAAAAAAAACAUGACUUGUCAACCGGAAAGAGUCAUGGAAAUGAUGAUGCCCAUUGCUUGACACAUAUUUGUGGUAUUUUAAAUAAAUAUCGUAUUACAACAAAUGAAAAUGCAAGGAAAUGCUCAAACUACUGCUUGAAAGUAGACGAUUUGCCCCCAACACAAAUCCGAGCCGCUAAAGAAUAAAUGUAUGUAGAUCAUGAGUCCAAGCCCAUGAUAAAAAGACACUAAAUUUCAUCAGUAUUACCUUAUCAGUAUUUCGUCUGCUCGUCUGUAUUCCUCCAUGGUGACAGAUAUUUUGACCCUACAGGAGUUUAAUUUUGGUCAGUUUUGGGUUUGAAAAGACACGUCUGGGUCACACAUAGAGCUGCAGUCUUCAAUAAACCAGAGUCGCACUCCUGCUGGCAAUGUUUGCUAAAGUGCUAGGCUAAUGCUAGCAUGUUUCUGCGCUGUUUUGAUGCAGCUUGUUGAUAAUGCGGCUCGUAACGUAUUUCAGUAUCGUUCCAGUCAGUGUUGUAUGGACGAAACUUGGGGGGGGGGAGGGUUCUGCCAUUUUUUUAACUGAACGCUUUGCUUUGAACAUUUUUCCAUUUUGUGUUUUAGUAGCCCUCCCUGCAGCUGUUCUCCAAACCUGUCUAAGCUGAAGUCAGGAAAAAAAGCUGCAGCAUCAAAUACGGUCUCUCUUUCACUGUGAAUAGCAUUGUAAAGGUUAAAAAAGCAACUCCCUAAUUUAUUACAUCUGUAGAAUGACUUUUCAGGUCUAAACCCCUGCACACAAUCAUACGCAGUUGCUUUCGAAACAUCUGGGCAACCACAUGGUUCUUUGUGAUUAUGGCAUACAUAAAAUCACAACGAGUGUUUUAAAAACAACAAUUAUUGCUGGUUGGUGUUAAUUCAAGCUGAAUUAGCAAAUGAUGUUUUUUUUUUUAUUUGACACAAUAACAAAUAACCUUUAUUGGCUAAUUUCUUGUUAAAUUCUCAAUUAAAAACUUUCUUUUUAACAGUGUCAACUAAUUUAUUAUCUUGUUGUGUUUCUGUUAUACAAUUAUAGUCAAGGGGGAAAUGUGUGUUAAUUAUAUUCUCAAUUUAAGAAUCUUUUAAAUACAGCUAUGAGGUAAAUUUAGCACGUAAAACUGUUAAACUAUCUCACCAGAAGGUCUCUUAGCAAUUGUAUAGCUGGCAGUUUCUUUCUAAUUCAUACAGAAUGCUGUGUAAAAAUGAGAUAUUAGCUUUCUGUUUCCACUGACAGUUUUCUGUCUCUCAGCCUCUGUUGGUACAAAACUAAUUAAACUAGCAUUUUAUUUAUAUAUAUAUAUAUAUAUAUAAGGAAAUAUUUGAAGCCAACACUACUGAUAACUUCUUUAGUUCAGGAAUCUUUGUUUGCUCACCUGAAAGAAAUGACUUGUUUGAAGGUUCAUACCAGGUGGAAUCAAUUCUCUAUUGUUCAUUACCAAACUUCCCCAUCCACCCAGAUCUUUUUUUUUUUAUAUUUGUGUUUACAACACUUGCUGCUGGGUUGAGGAUUUAUAGCACUUCCCUGAACUUGCAUUCAUGAACCACCCUGCUUAGUUCUUCUGAGUCAUUCUUUUGAUAUGGAUUUUGGCUCAGUUGCUACAUUCAGAUUAAGUUAUCGCUCUCUGGCAUCUGUCGUUGUCAGCCAGUCAGCUAAAUGCUAAUCUCCUUCAAAGCAAACUUUUGAUUUUCAAUAAGGGAGGAAUUUCGGUGGAUCACGUUAUCUGUUGUAAAUUAAUCAGUCUUGUAAGGCGGGUUGCUUUUUUUGUUUGCUGUGGGGCUUUUGAGUGUCAAGUACUGUACAUGAUGUGCGCCCAUGAUUCUGUGUCUUGGUAGAUUUACUUUUAAUAGCAAUGUGCGAAACUCUACUAUAUGAAAAAGAGAUUUAUACUGUCUUGGUGCCAUGCCAUUCUAAUACCAUUUCAUGACAUGUAUUUUUAAAAAAACAGAUAUCUAUAGUGCAAUAGAUAUUCAUGUAACAAAUUCAUAUUGACAUGUGUUUACCUGAACAUGUGCAGUGAAAAUUAAUAAAAUUACAAGUAUAA